AUGCGUGCCAAAGGAAAUAUGGGAAAUAAAACCGUCCAGGAGCCUCCGCAUCCUAUGGGCAUCCGACCAGAGCACAUAACCGAGUUUGAACGACUACUCUGGAUACAACCAAAGUACGACGCGCAUGCAAUCAAUGAAUACUGUAUUCGAUAUGACAGCGACGACUCAACCUUGCUUACAGCAACUGGAAAGAGAUAUAACGAGAAGUCUACGCGUGAAUUCCGCGAUUCGUCCGGUCUUCCCUUGUUCGAAAUGCAAAAAGUCCGGUGGUCAGGCUUGAAACCUAGACGACCGUGGCGGAUUCGAUUACCAGGGAGCAAAGAGGAUGAUCUGGUUGAUAUCCGGUUUAAGGGCCUGAUGAAUACCACCUUUGAAGUGACCUUUCGUAAUGCUGUCGCGCGCGAUACCAAGAACGAGAACGAUAAAACGGUUCAUAUUGUGGUGCACCGCGUCUCACCAUUCUAUCAGGUAUAUGAGGUGAGGGCGGAUGGCAUCAAAGUCAUGGAUAUACGCGAAAGUAUGGAACGGAACCGAUCCGUCCCCACAAUCAUGUAUAAUUCAAGUGGGGGGAUAUUGCCUCCUCGAUUAGUGAUGGAGGUCCUGGUGGCUGCGAAUUUUGAUAUGUCUUUGGCUUCUCUUAUCGCGGUCAUAGUCUGUGAUAUGGGGUUUAGUGCCUCUCCCCCCUCGACAAGCCGGAUGCAUACCACUUUGAACAUUCCGUGA